AUGGUAGCUGCAAAUGGUUUGCCUGUCGAAUGGACUCCCUAUGGAUAUGAACGUCCUCGAAAAGGAAAGAAGCCACGACUAGACCAGAGUGCAGCGCCUCCCACAGCAAAGAAGGCGGUCACUAAUACAGCGGCCUUGCUGGAGGAUCCAGAAGAACGAGACGUUGCGAAACAAAUUCUUCUUUCGGUCUCUAAAUACGCUGGAAGCUUCGUCUUUGAGAGCGCGGACAAGGAAGUCUAUACUCGACUUGUGCCGUUUUCUUUCGAAAAUGCUAGUACAAAGAUGGGCGCCAAUGAAGACUGGCAGUUGGAACAAUAUGAUUGCAAACUGGUGAGUUUCCACGAUAUGUACUGUUGA